GAAAGCGUAUCGACGAGCGCGUCGUGCCGGUUCCGCAUAAAGUUCUAUGAAACGAACGCGUUACAACGACUUAAGUUUCGUCUCAAUUAUCGAUUUUAACUAUUGCGCCGGCGAGACAAUCCCGAGGAACCGGAAACGGAAUCUUUAUGGUCCACUCCGCAACAGUUAUAGUUUGUAUGCAUACAUGCACGUAUAUAAUAAAAUAUUUAUAACGAUUAACGUCCCUAUCCCUUUCGCGAACCCCGGCCACGCCACUGACGAACCGCCCGGCGGACGCACCGUCUACUAUCGUCGUUACCUAAAUAAGUUGUCGGACGAGUGCCGGCGCGUGUCGUGAAUAUGGGCGAAGGCGCGUAAAUAACGUGGGACUGUAACCAAAUACUGUGCGGAUUAACCGAAUCCACGGUGUUCGGCAGUCCGUCUCGAGGAGAUGGCCCGAAUCGCCCGAAUCGCGCGUGCCGACGGGGCUUCACGCCGCCGCCAUCGCGAAUCGUACAGAAUCGUAUUGAACCGGCGGUGGUCUAAACGCCGCGGCGGCGUGGGAGGGGGUCAAUGCGCGUCAAGGCGGGAACGGACUAUUGUCGUGAGCUCACGUGACGUGAAAAAAGCGCGGGAAACAGGUUUAUACAGGUAUUUUGAUGUAUUAAAGCACCGCAUUAACGUCGCCUCGCGCGUGUCACGUCACGUUUCCUACCUCACGCGCGAUGAACCGCGAUGUCACGUUUUGAUUUUCCAACUUCGCACACAUUUUCGACUGCGUGAGCUCGCGGAUUUUGUCUGUUUUGUUAUUAUUCAUCAUUUGUAUGCACUUAUAAUUAUAACGCUCUUAAUGUUUAGAACAAUUUUACGCCAGUUCAUUAUCUUUAAAAAAAAAAAAAAAAUUUUUUUAGUACGGAUGAACUUCUCAUUGAAAAAGUCCGCGAACAUCAUGUUUCGAAAUUGAGUAUUUUGCUUUUGCAUGUCUUGUUUAAUAAGUUCAUGCAAAAUAAUCAAAUUCUUCUUUUGUCAUCCGGAAAUACAUGCGAAACCGUUUUGGUUCGUUUCGUAAUUCACGAACCCAACGAUAGAAUUCGCUCAAUUGGUUCCUUUUUUUUAUCGAUUUCAUGUACCCAGAUUGAUCGGGUGGUUCUUUUUAUUUUCCUCGUCUGAAACCACAAAUACAGCUGCUGUUUCCAAUUCUUCUUCCCACUCUGAACUACUUGAAGUUUCUCUAUCCGUUUUAAAUUUAUUAUAAAAUAAAAAUGUGGGCGAACACAGUACAUAAACAGUGGAGUUCAUUCAACAGUCGUACAGUGACUCAAAAGUGACUCUGAACAAAACUGUGACGUGAUAAAGCAUGAAAACUUGAUAAUGUGACAAUAGUUUGUUUCUAAGCGUGACAUCACGGUUAAAAUAUGCCAAUGUGACAACACGUGAGCUCACGUGACGUGACAAUAGUCUGUUCCCGCCUUCACUAACCGGUUUCCGUUAAAACGCGGUACCGUUAUUUCGUGAGAGAGUAUGCGCGUCGUAAGUGGUUUAGCAGAUUUGUGUGAAAGGUUUUUGCCUAAUGUCUGCACGUUUAUUAAUUGUAUCGUUAUCGGUGUACAGGUACCAUGAACCGGACCGUGACUAUUUCUAUCGUUUGUACUUUACUUACAUUAUAUAUUGUAUCUUUGAAAUUGUUAGACGAAGAAACGGGUAAGAAACAACCUCAUAUCGUCGUCAUAAUUGCCGAUGAUUUGGUGAGUACCUACUUAUUUACAUAUUUAAUCCAUGCUAUUUAUUAUAUGUUACCGUUUGGUAUGAGACAAUUUUUGUAAAUAAAUCAUAAUGAAUAUUAUUUGUACAUACGUAUCUGUAUCUGCGUUCAUUUCAGGGUUGGAACGAUGUUGGUUUUCACGGUUCUAUUCAAAUACCCACUCCAAAUAUUGACGCACUAGCUUAUAAUGGUAUAAUAUUAAAUCGGCAUUAUGUACAACCGACUUGUACACCGUCAAGAGCUGCUUUGCUUACUGGAAAAUAUCCGAUUCGUUAUGGUAUUAAUAGAUUUUUCUUUUGUUUUUCUUAUGCUUUGCGUGCCUGUUGAAUAGGCUCCCAAUGUUUUCCCGCGUUUUCCUCCGCUCGUAUUCCCCAGUAUCUCGGUUUCGUAUAGGUCCAUAUAUUUUCCUCAGAAUAUUCCUCUCGAAUAUCAACAGUUUUCCAUCGUCACCUAUUGUUGUCUACCACGUUUCACAACCAUACACGGUGAUUGGACGAAGAUAUAUAGUAUAGAGGUACUAUAGAGUUUUAUUUUGGAUUCUUUUGAUAUUAAUCUUAACUUGAAAAUCCUAUUGAUGGCAAAAAUAACCGCGAUUUGCUGCCGCUAUUCUCAGAUUCAUCUCAUUGUGUAUGUUAUUGUUAGUGUUUAAAUUCACACCCAAGUAUUUAAAUUUGUCCACCCGCUCAAAAGUGUAACCUAUUUUGAGAUUUUAAGAUAGAUUUUAAGAGUCUCCCUAGAUAACAAUAUCGUCCGCAUAUGCCAGUAGGUUCCUGUUCCCAACUAAUUCCAUGGACCUGUUAUCUCUCAGAUCUCUUACCACUUGUUCUAAUGCCAAGGUAAAUAAAUAUUACUAGAGACAAUGCGUCUCCUUAGUCCUAUUUUUAUUUCAAAACUUUUGGACGUUUCUCAUAAAUAACGCACUUGGCACAUUGAAUUUCCAUUACAGUUUUUGAUUAAUCCCACAAGUUUUGAGGGGAUUCCAAAUUUGUUUAGUUUCAUCAAAAGUUGAUCCCUGUCAAUGUUGUAAUAUACUGUCGUAGAUUAGUAGAUUUAUUGAACUCAUAAAACUUGUCCAUAACAUAUCGCAGUGUAAAAAUAUGAUCGCUUGUCGAUUUUGCUUUAACGAAACCACACUGAUAGGGUGUAGACAAUUUUGGUGCAAAUUGACCCUAAAUAUAUACAACAUUUGUAAUUUGCACCAUCUCAUGUAGUAAGAAAUACCAAUUGUAAUUUGCACCAAAGUUCAAAUGGAUUAUUCUUUCGAUAGUAUCUAAGUACAAAUUUCGGUAUUAGAGUAUAUGUUGAUUGGCUAAAGACACAGAAUAUUAUUUUCGAUUUUGAGUGGUUGUUUCACUUACCUAUUUACACCGUUUUACGGUAUGUCACAGUAUUGACUUAAAAACUACCUUACAACAAUAAUAUACGACAGAUAUAUUAUAUAAUAUUAUAACAAUUGUAUUAUUUUAGGCAAAAAUAUAACUUAGUAUUUUUCUGUUACAAAUGAAAAGUCGGAAAGACUUAGAUUAGUAUUUGGUCGAAAUAAUGAAUUACGCGAUUACGACGGAUAAUCGAACGUCAAAUUUUGAAAUGAUUACCAGGUAAAGUGGCGGGUAGUCAGGAAACCCGGUAAUAAAAUACAGUAAAACUCGCUUAAGACGCUCUUUAAGGGACCUGCUCUCUAGAGCGUCUUAAGUGGGAGCAUCUUAAGCGAGUUUACUGUACAAUAUAUAUUUUAUCAUUUUAAGUGAGAAAAUGAAAAAAUAUAAAAAUGUAUGAAAGUUUGAAAAUAUCAAUCAAUUUAUGUAAUAAUUAUGUUUUAUAGAACGAGUGUGUAUUAAUAAAUUCAUUAUUUAGAAAUAGAAUAUUAUAAAGAUAAACUAAUUUUAAAUAAUAAUUUUAAAAUAAUUUUUGGAUUUUUAAAAAUAGUAAUAUAGGUCGGCUAAAAUUUUCUGUUAUACCACAAUGGGUCAAUCGAAUAGGCACUUGACAAUCGAAUACAAAGGUACUCAUUUUGGUGCAAAUUACAAACACUAUUUUCGGCUACUUGUAGUGGUGCAAAUUACAUAUCUUUAUUUCGGUGCAAAUUAUAAACUCCCCAUUGAUUUUAAUUACCUAUUAUCGAUCGCUAUUAUAGAUAAACGGGUAAAACCAUGCAUUCAUUGUAACUCACGAAAUAUUCUGUUUUAUAUAAUAUGUUUAUUUUUUAUAACUAUUUAUUAAAUUUUUAAUUGUAAUUUUUUCUAUGUUACUACAUUAAAUACUUAAUCCCGGGAUUAGCUAUUUGUUAACCCCGGUAUUUCCAGGAUCAAAAAAAAGUCGGGAUUGUAUUCUCUACCAACAGCAGUAGCCGCACGCACUCACCCGUCCCCAGUAUCAGUAGCUCUUUAGUUUUAAAAAAACAUUUUUCUUUAUCUGUCAACAACUUUUCUUUUAACAAUUUUGCUCCGAUUUUCAAAGAUAGCACUUUUAAGUAAUACAAAUUUAUUUGGAAAAAAAUUCACCCUACAGAGGGGAGGGGAGGCAGCUGCUUAACAUCUCACCACGUACGCACACGGUACACCUAUUAUGUAUAUCUAUGGUGUAAUGAUGGGUGAUAUUACAUUUCUUAUCGUACGGACGUACUACAUACCUAACUAUUUCAAUCUCACACGUAUCAAAAAAUUGAAUACUUAAUAUCAAUUUAAUACCUAUAUACGAUCACACAUAUUGCAUUGUAUAUAAUGGAUAAUUUGUAUUUAAAAUUAUUAUUUUAGGGAAAUAGGGAAACACUCGAGGUCUGAACUGUUAGCUGUAGUUCAGAGAAACAAAGCGGGGGAAAGGUUGUCUCCCCCCGGAGUUUGACUUGAAACCAUAAUAGCUAUACCGAGGAUUGGUUCUAGUAUUUUGUUUCAUUUUAAUUUAUAAUACUUUGUUUAGGUGGGCAAGGUACGCCUAUUGCUGCUGGUGUUCCGUCAGCGCUUCCGUUGGAUAACAAAAUUUUACCACAAGUAAAUAUGGCUAUUUAUACAUGUUAAUUUCCAGUAAAAUUAUAAAUUGUAUAGUACGUAAUUGUUAAUAUAUCGAAAUGUUUUAUUGAUGAAAUUUAAGUAUUUAAAAGACGUAGGCUAUUCAACUCACUUGAUAGGAAAAUGGCACUUGGGAUCAUACAAAACAGAUUUUACUCCCACUCGAAGAGGAUUCGACAGUCAUUUCGGUUAUUGGAAUGGAUAUAUCAGUUAUAGAAACAGCACACAUUCUACGGUGAGCCAAUUGUACAUAGAGGUACCUAGGUACAACCACAUUUUAUUCAUUAGCAUAUCGUUUUGUAAAAAUAGAGAACUAUGAGUGGCAAAGAUGCUAGACGUGGAAUUGAACGGGCAGGAGAUGAGAUGAACGAUCGAUAUGUGACUGAUAUUUUCACCGAUGAAGCUCUUAAAGUUAUACAAUUAUGUAAAGGCCAGGAAAAACCAAUGUUUUUAAUGUUAAGUCAUUUAGCUGUUCAUUCGGGAAAUCCUGGACCAGAAAGUUUGGAAGUAGCAAAUAAAACGCAUAAUAACAUUCAAUUUAAUUAUAUUAAAAAUGAAGAAAGAAGAUUAUUUGCAGGUAAGAAAAUACGUAAGAAUAUUAUAAUAUUUAAUAUCUAAUGGUUUUAAAUUCUGAGCAGAGCGAAGAAUGUACUCGUGUAUUGGUUUUUCAAUAAAUUUUGUUGUGUGCUGAGAUUACUUUUUUUUUUUGUCUAUAAAUAACUUUUCUACCAGUGCCAGUAAAAAAAUGACAAAAAGUUUUUUUUUUUUAUUGAUUUUUGGAUCUGGUUGGUGCAUUGAUUAAAUCAUUUUUUGAUUUUUCUUGUAGUUUUCCUGAUUAUUAAGAAAGAACGGGAAAAUGCACGAUUUCAUAAUUAUCAAGUUUCUAUUUUUUUCGUAAUUCGGUUAAAAAUAAUCGUUAAUAUUUGACCUAGAAUACUUAUAUUAUCCUUUUCUAUAAGUCUUUAAAUUUUAAAAACAUACGCAGGUGAUUUUGUAGUUAUUUAUAGGUAUUUGACAUUCUUGAUUUUAUUAGUUUUUAUUUAAUUUUACGUAGACGUUUUGGCUGAGCAGACAUGUUUGAAUUGUUAAAUAUUUGUAUUCAAGGUUUAUCAUAAGUUGUAUACUAACCGGCAAAAAAAUAAAAUUAAGCGUAAUAUAGUAUUUUUUAAAUUUAAAUUUAAGGUUCAAAUUUCGAGGAAAAUUGUAAAAAUCGUGGCAUUUUAAAACACGUUUAACUGAACUUCGUCCAUAAUUGUUUUUCGUUGUAAAUAAUUUACUGUUGCGAAUAAAUUUAAAUUAACUUUAUGUAUCUUAUAUCUUCCCAACUUUAUCAGUGGUCCACCUUUCAGUAGUAUACCAGCCACUUUUUAAUUUUUCUCCAAAAAUAGAGACUAUUAUUCUAUAUUGUGUAUUUGUGACUAUUAUAUUUAUAUAACUAGGUAAUAUAUAUCUUAUUCUCGUUAAUUAUGGAAACUUCUAGCAGCUUUAUCUAGAUUCAAUUAUCUCAAACUCAGGAAUUAGAGCUGUUUUACUAGUGCGGAUUGAAUUGAUAAAAAUUGGUUUGAAUUUCGAUAUGAAUUCAAGUAAGUUGUUAAGGUAGUAGACGGGUAUUUUUUAUUCGUUGCUCACCCCUAUAGACCCCCCCAAUGAAAUAUUGAAUGUGUGUUGCAUUAGUGGUAAGGAAAUAUGUUUUAGGGUUUUAAAUACUAUCUCAACCAUUUUUGUGCUCAAGUUCCACAUUUUUAUACGGGAAAUUCCUAGUUUUAAAACCCUUACAAAUUACUCAAAUAAAGUAUCGAUAACAAGACUACCAGAUAAAAAUUUGACUCUAGUGACGUAGCUUUGCUGCUCACGGGUGUUUUUUGAAUUCAAACUUAAUUUGUACAAGUCCAUAUAACUUGCUAUUUAUAAAAAUAAUAUUGUAUAAAUAUAUUUGCUGGACACACGAUUCUGAUUUAAAAUAUUUUCUAUACAAAUUAUAGUAAAUGGCAUUAUGAUAGUUCGUUAUUAUAUGUGCAGGCAUGCUUACUUCAUUGGACGAAUCUGUUGGCAGUGUAAUCGAAUCAUUGCACAAAAAUGAAAUGUUAGAAAAUUCUAUAAUAUUGUUUAUAUCCGACAAUGGUGCACCAGCCGAAGAUCCAGUAUGGAAUCAUCAAAAUUUUGGCUCCAAUUGGCCUUUAAGAGGAGUAUGCUUCUAAUUAUUAUGUGAUAUUUAUUUUAUUUUAGCAGUAUCAGCCAUUUAUUUUAGAUUCUGAACAUAGCGAGGAAUAUGUUGGUUUUACUAUAAAUUUUGUAUGUGUGGGUGACUAUAAGCAACGCAUCUAUCAGAAAUCUUACUCCAAUAAAAAAAAUUACAAGAGAUAUUUUUUAUUGCAUUUUUUAUAUUUAUGAUGGCGUAAUGUAGAAGUUUUUUUUAUAAACGUUCAAAGAUUAAAUUUUAACGAAAAUUGUAAAUAUUACGGCAUUUCAAAACGUAAAAAAAGAACUUCGCUCCGAAUCGUAUUUCGUUAUCAAUUUUUUAUCGUUUCUUACAGAUGUAAAUUAAAUAACUUUACAUACCCAAUCUUUACAACUUUCCAACUAUAAUAGGGACACGCUGGUAUGAGCUCUUUUUUUUUAAAUUUAAACUUGAAUGUUACGGUUAAUAUUUCAUCCCUUAAGGUACUUAAUUUGAUUUUAUAUUUUUUAAAUUAAAGUAAGAAAAAUGAAAUUUAUCACCCCCAAACACAAUUAAGUAUUACAUUUUUUUAAAUGGCAUGCAAUUACUAAUUUUAUCUAUUAUCUGUGUAUACUGACACACAGUGGUGUAUACCUAUACUGCAGGUUACUGUGCAGUUAAAUUAAUAAUUGUCUCAUAAUAAAUUAUACAAAUUAUAGGAAAAAGGAUCAGUACUUGAUGGAGGUGUACGUGGAGUAGCUGCAAUAUGGAGCCCGUGGUUAAAAGAAAAACACAGUGUUUCAGAAAAUUUAUUUCAUAUAACUGAUUGGUUGCCAACUUUAUAUACUGCUGCAGGUAAUCCAUAUUAAAUAUCUAUCGACUAUUUAGUUAUUAAGUAUUAAAUAGUGGUAUAGUCGAAGGUAUACGCGGCUAUACGGCGUAUUACAACUUCUCAAUUUUAGAAGGAAAUUUCCCUGGAGUAAUGAUUUAGGGAGGUUAUAUUUUGAUUUACGAAAAUAAUACUUUUAUUAUUUUAAAUUUUGUUUUUUUAUUUUAAUUCAAUUAAAAAUGUUUGUAGAAACUUGAAAUUUAGAAACUUUAGAAUUUAGAAUUGCCUUUUCUAGAUAUGGUAAAUUUUCAAAACAUUUGAGCCUUUUCUGAGCUAUUUAUAGACAUUUAAAAUUUGCGAGCUUUUACGUAAUAUUAAUUUAGUAUUCUGUGGAUAAACUUGUUAGACCAAACAGAAAUGCUUGAAAAAUCAACAGGAGGUUCGUUAUAAGUUGUACUUAGUGGUCAACAAGAAAAAUGUGAGUGUAAUGUAGUAUUUUUUUUUAUAUAAGAGUUUUAUUAUCAAAUGUUGACGAAAAUUAUAAAUAUUCUAAUGGCCUGUUAAAACAUGUACGACUGAACUACACUCAGAAUCUUUUUCGUUAGAAAUGAUAAACCGAUGUAUACAAAAAAAAAUAAAUAAAUUUUCUUCUUUAUCCUACUUUCUCAACUUCUCACCAACAAUAGUGGCCCACCCAUCGUGCGAAUUAUGAGCAUCUUUUUGGUUGAUGCGUAUAUAAUUAUUGUAUAAUGUGUAAUACGCAGGUAUACGCAUAGGGGCGUAUAUAAAUCGAACAUCACUAUUGUUCUUUUCGAUCUUUUUUAUAAGGUCAUACACCAUUUGUGCAUCAAAAUGUUUGACUAUGGAAGGAUUGAAAGUAAUAAGGACUAAGGAGUGCACAAUUAUUUCCUAAAUUUCAGCUUAAUGUCCAGUACAGAGAUUAUAGAUAUAUUGCAACGAUAAACGCGGGUGAAUUGUAACAACCACCCAAUCCAGCCAGAUAUUGUCAAAUAAUUCGUUAGGGUUCGUUAAACGAAAUACGGUGUCUUUUACCCCUCUUAAAUACCUUCGCACCGUCUACUUUUCCUUGGUACGCUCUAUCCUCGAAUACGGAGUAGUUGUCUGGUCUUCUUACCUGGCCGGGGACCAAUUAAAAUUAGAGAGUGUUCGGCAUAGGCUCUUGUCCUACGCCGCGUAUAUACUCAAGAUAGACCAUCCUCUUCACGAUUAUUUCCUCAUUCUAAACACCUUAAAAGUACCGCUACUCUCUUCUCGACAUCUGGAUUUGACCUUUAUCACCUCCCUUUUUAAUGGCACAUUGGAUAUACUUGAUCUGCUGGCCAUGUUUUACUUUCGCAUCCCAUCAUAUGGUACCAUAUAUAUGGUAUUAGAAGCCACCAAUUAUUUCACGUUCCCACUCAGUUUACGCCCUAUAGGCAUAAUCACCCCUUCACAGAAUGUUGCGUAAUGCAAAUAGUUCUAACAUUAAUACUGCCCUAGUUUGAUUUUAAGGUUUCACUUAUCAAUUUUCUAUAUUUUAAAUCUGUAUAACUUAGUUAUAUCUGUAAAUAUUCUCAAAUACUUUUUUGUUAUCUAAACUGUUCCUUAUGCAUGUUGUCGUUAGUCGUUAAUUUUCAAAAAUAAAUAAAUAAAUAACAUAAUGUAACUAGUUAAUACGCCAAAUGUCAAUAUGACAUAUUUUAAAGUAACUAUUAUGAGUAGGUACUAUAGAUAACUAAGACCAUAAUAAAUGUGAUGUAUGCUACUUUUGUAUUUCUAAAUAUUUUGUUAUUAUUAUUACUAUUUUUUUUUUAUUGUUCAAUUUUUGACGCAUAAAUGAUGUAAAUGUUGAUGCGAGGUAAAUGGAUAGUGGGCUCAUAAUAACCGCUGACGCAUAGACAUAAUAUACUAUCACUUUACUAGAGCUGUGAAUUUAAUGCAUUGCGUAUCUUUUUUUUUUCGCAAAACCGUAUAAGAAAAUGGAUUCAGUCAGAAUCUGUUUUGGCUUAUCUAUACUUAAAAUACGAAACCUUAUUUUGCAUAUUUAACAGAUUAAGGCAUACAAAUACAUGUUUUCAUGAUUUUUUCUUAAUAUUUAUAGUUUUUCGGUCAACCUGGUAUAAAUUGAUCUAAAUGUUUUUAUUUAUAAUACCUAAGUCUUUUGGGGUUUAUGCGUAUAUGUUUAACUAAAAUGUAUUUUGUAUGUUCUCAUAACACAGUUAAAGACUUCGAGUAAAAUUAUAAAUCACUACAGGUGCCUAUUUAUUCGAUAGUGUUUAUUCGGGUACCUGUUUACGACACUAUAAGUAAUAUAAAAUUACAAAAAAAAAAAAAGAUCCGAUACUGGAGUACAAAAAGUUAUUUAAUUUACACCUGUAGCUGACGAUAAAUCACUGAUUAUAAAAAACGAUUCGGAGUAAAGUUCAAUUAUAUAUUUUUUGAAAUUUUCGUGAUAUUCAUGAUUUUCGUCAAAAUUAGAUUUUAAAUAUUAUAUAUAUAUAUAUAUAUAAAAAAAAAUACUGCAUUAAAAUAUUUUUGUUUUUACCAAUAAGUUAUUUUAUAAGAAUUUGAAUAUCAAAUUUUGACAAAAUUCGAAAAUAAUACAGCCUUUUAAAACUUUUAAAAUCUUCGUUGAUCUAACAUUAAGAAAUAAAAAUGUACCUAUAAUCUAUUUUUUAGGUGGUAAUUUAGAAAACUUAGAUUCAGUUGACGGUAUUAAUCAAUGGACAAGUAUAACUGAUAACUUAAAACAAAUGAGAACAUCAAUUUUAAUCAACAUUGACGAGGUAAGAGGAGAAAAAGCAUUGAUUUUCAACCAAUGGAAAGUUGUGAAAAGUAAAUAUUUUUGCUUUAUCUUAUACCACUACAAUAUAAUAUAAAUUUUGUAUAUGGACUUUAGUAACCUAAACCUUAAGUUUAAUGACUCGUCGUUGUGUUCCGACAGGCAAUCGUACAAGUAAUUUGGUUAGUUUUCUGAAAUAUAGCGGAGACACUGGUAAUAAUGGACCAGAUUACAAUAUGUCAAACGUAGUGGAAAGUGUUGCUGGCUCGCAUUUAUCUAAACUCAAUUGCAUACUUUCAAAAGAAGACUGCAUGAACACGUCGACCUCAUACGAUCUGUUUUACAAACUUCGUUCUCGAGCUAAUAUUGUCAAUCAAUGUUCUGAACGUAUUUCCAACCCUGAUCCCAAUGAACAUUAUGAAUGUUUUGAUGAUUAUUGUUUGUUCGAUAUUCGUCGAGAUCCUUGUGAGUAUCGAAAUGUAGUCAAACAAAAUCAAGAAGCAUUGAAUAUGACAGUAUUCAUGUUGGAACAGUUUGAAAAUGAACUUGUGAAUCAAACACUAUUAACAGUAGAUCCCAAUGCGGAUCCUCGUUAUUUUGGCGGAUAUUGGGAAACUUGGAUGAGUUACAAUACAAAUAUAGUAGGUAAUAGGUAACUAAAUGGAAAACGAUAAACAAAAAAAAUAAAAUAUCACAAAACAAAACAUAGCGUUAAACAAAAAAUGAAUAGUAUCAUUAAACAUAGAGUGAUCGUAACGUUACGGAGACAUCGGCAGUCUCUCCGUUGUACGGGUGAGUACGACGGGAACAUUUAAGUAUUGUUUAAUUAGUUUUAUAUUUUGUGUUUUAAUAAAGUUUUCCGUGAACCAUAUUGUCUGUUUUUCUGUGAGUGAUCGCAAGGUAUAUCACUGUAAAGUGCAAGAUAUAUGACAGUGGCGUCCAACGUGGGAUUGGAACCCACGUCCCGACCGAAAUUAAGAAUCUCGUGCUAUACUAACUCAGCUAGCCGGCCCAUAAAAUAACGCCAAACGAAAUAUCAAAAUAACAAAACAGAAUAUUUUAUAUUUUCGUUGAAAUAUUUCUUCUUGUUUUCGCGAUUUAUUUUAUCUUUUGAUUUUAACAAUUUUUUAGUAGUGGGAGAGUAACAACGCACCACACUAAUAAUACUCCAAUUUCAAAAGAAUUUAAUAUUUAUCAACAUUUUAUACAUUUUUCCAAACAAAUUUUCCUUGGAAUUAGUUAUCAAUCAUAUUAUUACAUGUAUAAAUAAUUUAAGAGGGCGAGAC